AUCGUAUUUCUCUCCUCACCAGUACACGAUGUGGCGUUGUACUGACCCCUCCUCUUAACUAUUUUAGGUGUGUAGUCGUCCUCGUGCCGGAACUUCCUCGUGAGUCGUGAAUCUGUUGCCGUAGUUGCAAGCAAGUCCUCAGUGUGCCUUGUAUGAUUCAUAGAUUCCUUUCGAUAAAGGGACCCAUGAAUCGUACGGCGGUUGUCCAUGUUGCCGUGGUGAUGUAUGGCCAAGAGAGAGUUUUUGCUAGAGGCCUUAUCAACGUUGUGGAAGAUCAUUCGGUUGUGGUUGCAUCCAAAAGGGCCUGGUUAACCAUCUCCGUCUCUUUGAAUUUGUGCCGUGGUGAUGGUGACAGGAAAUGGUGUGUUGUGCAAAAAGAUCUAGUCUUUGAUGCGGUGUUCAAGAUGGAAGCCCAGAGCAUUCACGAUGUAUUUGGCGGCAAAGUCACCGUGUCGAUCCCUCGAUUACAAGGACAUGCCCGACCUUCAUUGCGAUGGUAAUGACGACAUUCAUUCUCAAUGAACGAAUCGCUGCCCUCUUUGCCCCAAAUCCUGAGUUAAUGUUUUGUAUUUCUUGAAUGAAUAAAUUAGACAUAG